CUUUAACUCUAGUGGUAGUUAAGAUAACUUUUUUCCUUGCAGGAUUUCUAAAUAUUUAAGUGUUUAAUUUGGAUUUUUUUGUGAGGAUAUAAUUCAAAUACGCAACUUUCUCUCUUCUGAUCGGACCAGUAACAAAAUUUCUUAACUCCUUAUAGUAGUUGUAAGCCGCUGUAUUUUUAAUACAUUUAUAUCUUUUAAAAGCUUCAUCUAUAAGUGUCAUCAUUAUUUUUAAAUUAGAACUACGCCAAGAAGCAGGCUGUUUACUAACCCUCACUUGACGAUAGGGUGCGUGGCGAUUUAAGAAGGUAAUAAGAUUUAUGUUAAGAUAAUCCAAAAUGCUCUUUUGGAAGAAUUUCUCAAACUCUCAAUAAUCUAUAUGGGCAACGGAGCAGUUGUACUAGACAAUCCUCGUAAGGAAUGAAAAGCACCAGCCUGGUGGGGCCGUCUAACUGCAUACUCAGAAUGCUAUCAAAACAAAACCCUAUCGCAGUAUUUAUACUACAUGCAUUUUUCAUAAGUUAAGUAUUACCAAUUGAUCUGUAUAAGUGGAAGAAAUGCAGGCAAGCGGCAAACCAAACAAUUAUUGCUGUACGAAAUAUUGAGUUAGAAAAUGUCGCAUCAAUAAUAUUUGUCCUUUGGAACGUCCAUUAUAAUCGGAUAUGGUGCAGAAUCCAAACGCCCUGUAUAUGAGGACUGACUAGCAUCGAAAUUACCGAAGUAGGUCAUGACCAUGAAAGUGACUUUUCAGCCUGGUUCUGACAGGUGUCCUCUCUUAACAGUCUAUGCUCUCAACUCCCAUAACCUGAAAAAGAUGGAGGUGAAGAAGUUACAUAAAGACCUAAUUAAUAAGUUAAGAAGUACAUUUACUAUAAGUAAUUUCACUCAAUGCAUUAUGGAAUUGGUCUAUAAUAGUUUAGAUGCAAAUUCUACUGCCGUAGCGAUAAGGAUAAACUUUGUAACUUAUCGAAUACAAGUAGUGGAUAAUGGUGAUGGAAUAUCUAAAAAUAAUAUGUCGAGUAUAGGCAUUCGUUAUAUGACCAAUAGAAUUGAGGGAAUAGAAGAUUUCAAACAUCAACUAAAAUAUUAUGGCUACAGAGGAGAAUCUUUAGCAAGUAUCACGGAAUGUUCGAAAUCCGUCAAUAUUACGUCUAGGUAUAAAAAAUCAUUUGAAACUUACAGCAAAACAUUGCAAAAGAACGGAAGUGAUCAAAUAAACUUAACUAAAACCCGUCCAAGCAAUGGAACAACUGUAACAGUUGAAGGAGUUUUCUACAGCCUAACAGUGAGAAGAAAUAGAAUCGUUUCCGAAUUGGAACUAGAUGAUUUGAAAAUGUUCAUUCAAAAUAUUAUACUGAUGCAUCCAAACGUAUCUUUCACUAUCAGAGACGAUGUCACCAGCGAGCUUUUGCUAAAUAGUCAUAAGCACAAAGAUAUCAUAGCUGCUUUCAAUCAUUUCCAUCCGGAAAUUGAUUGCGAUUUUUCACUGUUAAAAGUUUCAAAAAACAAGCUGACCAUAGAAGCUUUGUUAUUUAAGGACUUAUAUGAUAACAAAAAUAUACAAUACAUUUUUGUGAACAAGCGUCCCGUUCGCUCCACAAAAAUUCAAAAAUAUGUCGUCAGUAUGAUAAGCAGGAACCGAAGAAAUGUUAGGAACAAAAUCAAAAAUCUCAAUAAUAUGUACCCAGUGUAUAUAGUGCAUAUAAAAUGCCCAUAUGCUUUAGUGAGUUUCAAUACUGAUCAAGCAAAAACAACUGUUGAAUUUGCGGACUGGAGCUCAGUUUUUCGGUACAUAGAAAAGCUGGUUUACACCUUUUUCGGAAAUGAGAACAAGUUCAAGGAGCAGAAAAAACUUCCCCCUCCUCAUCCAGAAGACUUUAUGCUUGAGUGCGGUCCAUCUCAGAUAUACGGCGCCGUUAAAGCCUAUGCUUACAAAAGGAAUAGUGAUGAGAUCAUUUGUGAAACUAUGGCAGAAAAAGUGCCAAAGUUGCAGGAAACUCAUAUCUCUGAUAAGAUUCUGAGGCAUAAAACAGCUGACAGUAUUACUGAAAAGCUACCUCAGCUAUAUAUUGAAAACUUAGUAGAACGUAAUAAUGAAGAUAUAGUGAAUCAAAUUGAUGAACAUCAUGUAGCUAUAGAAUCAAAAACAAAUAAAAUGUGUGACAAAGAUUUAGAGGACAUCUACUGUAUAAGUGAUACAACGCCUCAACAGAAGCCAAAAAUGCCAUUCAAAAAACCUCUUCCCAUCAAGAUAAGUUGCAAGAAUCAAAAACAAGCUGUUUGUCUGUAUUCAAAUAUAUCACCAUCACAACAGGAGGCUGAGAAGCCACAAAAUGUUUUACAAAAUAAGCCUAUAGACGAACGAUCUACGAUCACUGGUAUUACCAAUGAUGAAGUGAAGGGUAAACAUUUAAUAAUGGAUAUGUUUCUGAAAUCGACACAAGUUUUCAAUAGCGAUGGUAGCACUAGUGAUGUUAAAAGUGAGGGUACUAUCUUUGAGGUGGUGUCUAACAUGCUUUUGGAAAACAAUAUUACAUCACAAGAGGAUGGUUUCACAAAAACAAUGUCUGUGUCUGUAAAUGUCAAAAGAAAGCAAACAAUUAAGAUGAGAAAGAGAGCUAGGAGUAAAAUUUCGAAAUGUGUUCAAACAACGUUUCGAUCAAAAAGUGUCAAAUCUGUGAAAAUCAAACGAGUCAAGAAUAAGGCGUUUGAAGAUGUUCGUGAUAGCCGAGAUGCUGGGGAAUAUACGAUAAUAUUUUCUAAUAUAAUGAAUCCUAACAAGGAGCCCAAAUUCAAAUUUAUUCCUUGUAGUAGUGAAUUUCAAGGUGGUGAUUUGAGUGAAAACAAUGUAGAUUUUGAUAAUUUAUGUCUUUGUAGAUGCCACUCAAUUAAAGAUAAAUUGUUCAGUUUUAGCAAAGAAAAUACCCAAUAUUUUGUUUGUAAUGUUGAAAAUACUGGUGACCUAGACAAGCUAAACCAUGAGAAUAAUUUGAAAAUUACCGGAAAAAUAGGCCCUAAGCAUGAUUCAGAGGAAAAUUGUAAUACUCAUUUUUAUUCGAAACAUGAUGAUGUAAGUCACCUGAGAAAAUAUAGGAGUGAGAAAGUGAAAAAUGAUGAACAUAAACAAUAUAAUCUUCACGAAUACAAUCAUCGUCGAUUAAUUGAGGAUGAUUAUGAAAAAAAAAUGAAUGGAAAGGUUCAUGAAAUGCGUGUCCAUCCAGUUUUUCAUAAAUGUGAAGUUCCAGUAAAUAAUCUUGAAUUUGAACAGGGGAAUAAGAAUCUUCAGCAAAUGUAUACUUACCAGAUAUUCGACAAGACGAAGUAUGACAAAAACAUCUUACAUCCGAACGAAAAAAUGUAUUCUAAUCACCAAAUUCUCCCAGAAAAGGGUUGUUGUCAGCAUACGAAUACGGAUAUUCAAACAUAUGGAUGCUCCCAAGAACAUAUAUGUAAGAAUAAUGCCAAUGUUCGAUAUUCUUGUUUGAAUAAAUUUGAUCAUUUGAAUAGAGAUCCUUAUUUUUCAAACUAUACGAAUGCAUGUGCCAUUCCAAGUUAUACAAACUUUGUCAAACAUGUUCCACAUGUUCAUAGCAACGAAGGAACCAGUGGACAUGCCCAUACAGUUAAACAAAACUUGCAACAGCCGUUUCCUCAACUGAAUGUAGAAAAUGUCUACCGUGCAACAAAAAAUUAUUAUGAAAGCCAAGUAUACUCAGACAAAUACAACAAACCAUUGAAAAACAGUGCAAUUCCAAAGUGGAUAGAGUGCGUAAAAACAAAAAAACAGAAAUGGCAUGCUAUUUCUACAGAAAGUCCGUAUUUCAAACGGCCACCAAUUCGUACGCCAAACACGUUUAAUUUUGUAGAGCACCUAGUUCCAAAAGUAAAAAGAUAUUUGAAUGUGGUUACUGCUGAGAGUCCAUAUUUUACAAAACGUGAUAGAGGUAUUUAUAUGGAAAAAGAUCAGAAACUAAAACUCCAUGAAAAUCAAGAAAUUGACACUUAUCCUUUUAUAGAAGGACAACAUGUUUUUCAUUGCGGUUCCGAGCAGACGUUAGCAAAAAACUUCGAUAUUCAACUUUUCAACUUAAAGACGAGUGGAGACCUUUUUAGAAGUGAUGACUCUCCAGGCAAAGGAAAUAACUUUACAAUAGCAUCCUUCAACCAGUUCAUGCCAGAAAACUUGAGUACUCAGAUAGGCGGACUGACUAAAGCAGGUGAAGUUAAUGAUAAAAAUAUUGCUCCAGGGCUAGGGUUGCCGGAUAUCUGCGAUGUGCCGAACCAUGCUUCCAAAAGAUCUACCCACGAUGUUACAAAUAUUUUACCAACAGCUAGUUCAGAGCUAUGCAUAACGUUGAGUAAAAAUCAAAAUCAAAAUUUACUGAACGAGGAACUGAGACAAGAUAAAAUGUUUGACUUUAAGCAAUUCAAAGAGUUCAGUAGUCAGCCGAUGGAGACCAACCAAAAUAUUUAUCUUGAAGAAGGGUGGAUCAAAGAAGCUGAUAAGUGCGGAAAUGUUUACUACCUCAACAAAAAGACAGGAUAUGCCACAUACAAUACUCCUAAACAAGAAGCAAACAAUGGUUUCAAGGUGUCUGAGAGGCAUGAAUUUCUUCCCAAAGGGUUUUCCCCAAUGCUUGUUGAAACAGAACCAGUAGAUCGGUCUCUUAGCCAGAAUAAGAAAGAUAAAUUGUUGGAAUACAUAAUGGAAACAUAUCAAACUGAUUUGAUGUAUAUCAAAUGGAGGAAUUACAUGGAUGAUAUUGAUCCUAACGUGUUUUUCCAUAAUUUAUAUAAAGAAAAGGUCAAACAGUACGAAGAAUCGAUACCAAAUGUUGCCAUACUACAUGCAAGAAACAAAUUCAGAAAAGACCAGAUUAGAUUUGAUAAAAGGUUAUUUCCGAAUAUUGAGAUUAUAGGCCAAAUCGAUAAAAAAUUCAUUUGUGCUUUGGAAAGGGACCAGAAUCUAUUGAUAUUGUUUGAUCAACAUGCUGUACAUGAACGGGUUAGGUUGGAGAAACUAUUAACAGAUUACAAAGGUUCUAAAUGUAGAUGCGAUGAAAUUGUAAUAUUUUUGCCAAAAAGCCAUUCGAAAUUGUUGGUUAAACAUGAGGCGUACAUAAAUUCACUCGGGUUAAGCAUGACAUAUCAUACUAAUGGCAUCAACGUAACAGAAAUACCGAGCUACAUCUAUCAUAAGUUUAAAGAUAACGAAUCAGGAUUUCUCGCUAAAGUGAUUCAGUUGGUUAUUAAAGAAAUCGUAGAGCUCUUGAAAUCAACGAGAGGAAGCACUUCAACAUGUUUGCCCAAAUGUCUUCAAGAUAUUAUUAGUCUUGAAGCAUGUAGAGGUGCUGUAAAGUUUGGAGAUGUUUUAAGCAAAGAACAGUGUACAGAUUUACUGACGAUUUUAUCAACUUGUAACUUGCCGUUCCAAUGUGCACAUGGCAGACCUACCCUUGUACCACUGAUGCAUCUCGAAGAUGUGUAUGCAAGGCAGAAGAUACAUUUCAAGAACAUAAGAGGUUGCGAAUUAUAGGGUAAUAUUUAAUUUAACCUAGAAAAUGUGUUGCCUUUAUCGAAGUACCUUGUAAUUCUUUUGCAGUUAUAAUAUAUACAUAUACCAGUUUAA